GGCAAUACAGGUGAGACAACGAGCCAAAGGAACAGGAGGCAAAUCGAGCACCUUCUAUCUGAGCUGAGUUUAUACUUGAAGUUUAGAAACAUUUGCAUGCAUUUCAGUGUCCAGCUGGUGUGACAGACAGCCAGGAUGGAGGAGGAAGAGAGAGCCAUUGCAGUGGUUGGCAUUGGAUGCAGCUUCCCUGGAGGUGAGGGGCUUGACAAUUUCUGGAAUGUACUUCUGGAAGGAAAGAACUGUACAUUGCCAAUCCCUAACGAGAGGUUUAACAGUACUUUCUGGUAUGAUGCUGACAAUAGCAAACCUGGAAAGUCUCACACUAGCAAAGCUGCUCUCAUAGACGGCUUUAACGAACUAGACCUGAGGUUUUUUGGUGUCACCGAUGCGGAGGCCGACUACAUGGACCCUCAGCAGAAACUCUUGCUGCACUGCACCUAUAGGGCACUAGAGAAUGCUGGGAUUCCAAUGGAGAAAGCUAGCGGAACUAGGACUGGAGUAUACCUAGGACUAAUGAACAGAGACUACGAUCUCACAACCGCCCAGUACAAUCCAGGCUUGACUAACCAUUGGAGUGGCACUGGUAAAGCCAUGAGUAUUGCAGCCAACCGGAUAUCCUACACCUUCAACCUCACUGGUCCAUCAGUUGCCAUAGACAGCGCCUGCUCAUCAUCUCUUGUGGCUCUGCACUUUGCUUGUCAAGCCAUAAAACAAGGUGACUGUGAAAUGGCUCUCUGUGGCGGUGUAAGCUGUAUCAUAGAGCCACAAGUCUUUGUCGCUCUCAGCAAGGCAAAGAUGAUUUCACCUGAAGGCACCAGCAAACCUUUCUCCAGCAGAGCAGAUGGCUAUGGCAGAGGAGAGGGCUGCGGGAUUAUUCUGCUGAAGCCACUGAAACAAGCCUUGAAAGACUGUGACCAUGUAUGGGGCAUCAUAAGCAAAACUGCAGUAAACCAAGAUGGCCACACAGUCACUCCAAUCACCAAGCCAUCCAUGGUCCAGCAAGAGGAGCUGCUCCGCAGAAUCUAUUCACAGUCUGACCUGUCAACUGUCCAGUACAUAGAGGCUCAUGGGACUGGAACUCCAGUGGGGGAUCCCAUAGAAGCAGGCAGCAUCUCCAAAGUCAUUGCCAAAGCCAGACCCCCGGGUUCAGAAACACUCCGCAUCGGCUCUGUGAAAGGCAACAUUGGACACACAGAAUCUGCAGCUGGUGUGGCAGGGCUAAUCAAGGUACUCCUAAUGAUGAAGCAUGAAACCAUUGUUCCUUCACUGUUCUACUCUGAGGACAGUGCCAGUAUAGACGCUAAAGCCUUAAAUGUAAAAGUUCCCACUAAAGCAGAAAAGUGGGGAAAUGCAGGCUCGGUCGAACGGAUUGCAGGGAUCAAUAAUUUUGGUUUUGGAGGCACAAAUGCCCACACAAUUGUCAAACAGUACAACAACACUCACACCCAAACAGCCGGGGUUGAUAGGUCUUAUGAGUAUUUUAUCCUCUCAGCAGCAUCAGAAAAAUCUCUUACCAUGAUGGUACAGGACACAGUUGAACAGAUAAGUGCAGACAAAACAGUGGAACUCCAGGGUCUGUCAUAUACAUCAGCCUGUAGAAGAAGCCACAUGAAACAUAAAUACAGGAAGGCAUUCACAACAUCCUCUCUGGUUGAUCUGAGAAACCAGCUGAAAUCUGCUUUGAACAAAAAGAUUGCCCCCUCCAAACUAGAUCCAAAGUUAGUGUAUGUUUUCUGUGGGAAUGGUGUCGCCUACCGAGGCAUGUGCAAGCAGCUCCUGAAACAGGAACCUGUGUUCAGAGAAAAGAUCAAGGAGGUUGAGGCACUUUUUCAAAUGUACCAAAGAAUGUCCAUCACAGAGAGACUGGAAAGUGCAUCAGUUGAUGACGACUUUUCAAAACCAGAUGUUGUCCAGCCCCUACUCUUUGCCAUUCAGGUUGGCAUUGCCAGUCUCUUCAAGCACUGGGGCAUCAAACCAGAUGCAAUUCUUGGCCACUCUGUUGGAGAGGUUGCUGCUGCCCACUGCUCUGGUCUGUUGUCCCUUGAGGAUGCAGUGAAGGUGAUUUACUUCCGCAGUACUCUGCAGAAUAAAGUCACAGGAGGCAAAAUGCUUGUGGUCAGUAACAUGGCCGUGUCAGAGGUCUUGAACCUCCUUCCCUCCUACUUAAAUAAGGUUUGCCUGGCUGCCUCCAACAGCCCACAGUCCUGCACCCUUGCAGGUGAUGCUGAUGCUAUAGACAGUCUCCAUCAAAAGCUAAGCAGUUCAGUCAAGAGUAAGAAUCUGUUCCUCCAUGUUCUAGACGUCCCUGCUGCAUACCACAGCCAGAUGAUGGAUCCCAUCCUCUCUCAAAUAGAGGACAGUAUUGGCUCUUUACAGGUGAAUCAUGUUGAGACAGAAUUGUUCUCCACAGUGACAGGGAAGGAGGUAGAGCAGCCAGACUUCAGCACAGGCAAGUACUGGGCCAGGAACAUUCGAGAGCCUGUUGCAUUUGAACAGGCAGUGAGAUCAGCAACCAAAGACAAGAAGAAUGUGGUCUUUGUAGAGAUAGGUCCUAGAAGGGCUCUACAAAGAAACAUCCAGGAGACUCUGGGAAAUGACACCAUAGUUAUGUCCUCAGUGCAGCCAGAAAAAGAUCAUGAGACAAUGCUGGACACUGUGUCCAAACUGUUUGAGUCUGGGGUUCAGGUAGAUUGGGACAAGUUCUACAGAGGUUGUGAGACAUCCCCAACACCUACCCCAAGGUAUCAGUUUGAUUGUGUGAAGAAAGAUGUCAUCUUUGAGGCAGCACAGAAAGGUACAUCGGGCAGUCAUCCUGUGUUAACUCAGACAGGCAAUGAUGGAAAAACCUUCAGUUGUGAUCUGGCCUCAGCCUCAGUGGCUUACCUGCAGGACCAUAGAAACAAUGAUGUUGCCAUUGUCCCUGGUGCCCUCUACGCUGAGUUGGGUUUGGCUGCCUUCAUGGCAAGUUCCAAAUCAAAGGUGCCACUCAACAUGCUGCAACUCAGUGUCAGUUUUCAGAGUCCAUUUCUCAUUGCACCAAAUUCUCCUGAGAUGAGUGUCAAACUGGAUCACUUUGAAAACGAGACAACGUUUAAGAUACAAUCUCCUACAGCAACGUAUGCAUCAGGCAGCAUAUCAUGCAAGCACAGGAGGUUGGCUGAGGAACAGUACAUCUCUCUAGACUCAGUUUACAAGCGAUGCACAUCAACUAUGAGUACUGAUUACUUUUAUGAUUACCUAAGUAAGAGAGGGUUUCAGUAUGGUUCUGUUUUCAGAAACAGGGGAGAUGUGCACUAUGGUGCAGACUUGAUGGAAGCCAUCUCUGUCGUAACUGUCCCUGAAGAACUACUGCCUCAGUUGCAUGAUUUCUGCAUUCACCCUGUAGUGCUAGACUACUUGCUACAACUGACUCCAAUCACAAUAGUGAAUGCAUUCAUGGCAAGGCCUGGCUUCCCUGCAGAAAUAGGCAGUUUGACUGUUCACGAACCCCUGCAGCCUGAAAUGGUUCUUUAUUUGAGAGCCGCAAAUGUUGCAGCCGACCAUUUCGAAGUAUCUGGCUGUUUCACCGACAAAACAGGUCGGGUCUUGGUUGAACUGAAGCAUGUUAUAGUCAAGUAUCUUGGGAGCCAAUCUAAUGUUGUUGAAGAGUACUUCUUCCACAAUGACUUCAGUGUUGUGUCUGAUGACUACAAGGCCAUUAAUAAACCCAAGGCAUUGGUUUUCGCUGACCAGAUGGGUGUAUCUGAAGCCAUGCAAAAACAUUUGAGCUCACAGUCGCAAUACAUCUCUUUCACACAUGCCAAUGAUCUCUUGAGCCGUGGAUUCAAAGCGCUGUUGUCAAAAUUCAAAAUCUCAGAAUUGAAAAGCUUUGCAGAAAUCUUGUUUGUGUGGAGCAAUGACAAUGUUACCUCCCACGAAACAGAGGCUAUCCUGGAGAACAUGGUAAACUGCUGUGAGAUGUUCCGACAAAUAGUCCUGGAACUGAAGGCUAUGAAAUUUCCAAAUUCCAUCAGAGCAAUAACCUACCGGUCAGCAGAGAACACAGUGGACUGCAUCAGUGCAGGCUUUGUCCUGUCAGGCAUGACUAGAUCAUGUGCUGCAGAAAUGGCAGAUCUUUCCUUCCAGCUGAUUGACAUUAGCUCUGUCUCUACAGAGGACAUCAGAGCUCUGUCUCAGGUUCUUGACUCAUUCCCCUGCAGCCAAUACCCAGAAUUGGUGGUGAAAGAUGGACAGAUUCUAAAACCUUACAUAGUACGCACUCCCACUGAAAGCAGUGACAACUCACAGGAAAACGUCCACUCUUUGAAGUCUGAGGAGUUCAUCCUUCAGACUGCUAACCCAUACAGAAUGACUAGCUUGUCUGCCAUUCCCUGUGAUGUUGAGCAUAAGAACAUUGAGGAGAAUUCAGUUGAGAUUCAGCUCAGUAAGAUUUGUGUUCAUUCCUCUGACUAUUUUCCUGUCAGUGUCUCUGAUAUGAACUAUGGCCCGACAAUGUACUGGAACAAACACACAUCUCAGAACCACCAGCUUUUCGCUCUAGACUUCAGUGGCACUGUCACAGCUGUAGGGAAAAAUGUGAGCAAACUGAAAGUGGGGGAGCAUGUAGUUUCAUGUUAUCCAACUGCUGCAUCUUCUAAGAUUGUGAUUCCUGAAGCAGCGUGCUACAAGACAAAGAAGCUCACAUUUCUGAAGGAGGCACCCUGUGUGUCCUACUUUGUACUUGCAUGGGAAGUCUUGCAUCGUGCAUUACCCAAAGUCAAACAACAGAGGUUGGGCAUCAUCUCAUCCGUUCCUGACUCAGGUUUGACAAAGGUCUUAGCCCAAACUGCAAACAAAUCAGGAUGGAAUAACAUUGUUCUGCCACAGUUUAGUGAUCAGCUUCAAAAUGUGAACAAGCUUGAUGCAUUUGUCCUUUUGCCUCCAUUUGACAAAUCUCAGUUUGAAAAAGCAUGCAAUGUUUCCGGUGUGAGACACAUUGUUGCUGUAUGUGAAAAUGAGUGGCAAUCCUCCAUCUCACAAAAUGGCUUCAGAUGUGGCAAUGACAAUGUUCGCAUUAAGACUGUUCAAAUGUCUAGCGCAUUGGAAAAGGGAUCUAUCAGAGCAGAGAAUUCUCACAUUUACCGUUGGCUCAAAUCAAUGCAUUUGGACAAGAAGUGUUUAGAUUUCGAAACCAGCAUCUUUCAGAGAGUGUCAUCCGGUAGCAUUGAGUUCCUGCCUGUUGAAGAGUCUGAAUCGUACUUCAGCUCAAAAACCCUGCCUUUUGUGGCACUGGGUAAAGAUGAUUCCAAAGGCACACUGUCCAACAUUAAGUUGUUGCCUAAACCAAACCAGCUUUUCCAGAAAAACUCUGUGUACAUUGUCACAGGUGGUCUAACUGGACUAGGGUUAGAAACAGUAAAGUUUAUUGCACAGCGAGGAGGAGGGUAUAUUGUCAUUCUUUCCAGAAGCAGUCCCUCGACCGACUUACAGCAGGAGAUAAGCAACAUUAAGAGUCAGUCUGGCGCCACAGUUGUUAGCUUGCAGUGUGAUGUUUCAAUCUCUGCACAAGUAGUGAAUACCAUUAUUGCGAUUAAGGAAAGUUUCCCCUCUUGUCCAAUCAGAGGGGUCUUCCACAGCGCCGUCGUCCUGCAUGAUGGCCUGAUUGAAACUCUUGACAAAUCUCUCUAUGAGAAAGUCCUGAAGCCCAAAGUGAAUGGGGCUUUGAAUCUGCAUCACGCCACAAAACUCUGCAAGUUAGAUUACUUUGUGUGUUACUCCUCCAUCUCUGCCUUUAUUGGCAAUGCAGCACAAACAAACUAUUGUGCAGCCAACUCUUUCUUGGACACAUUCUGUCAGUAUAGGCGAAACAUUGGACUAGCAGGACAGUCCAUAAGCUGGGGAGCUUUGAACCUUGGUCUCUUGCUGGACAAAGACCAUUUCCAAAGAUUUCUGGCAGCAAAGGGGAUGAUGGUCAUGGGGGUAGCAGAAAUCCAUGAGAGCCUAGAACAAUGCCUUCUGCUGAACAGACCACAACAGGUUGUCUGCAAGUUCAGUUUCAAAAACCUGAUGCGUCAUGUUCUUGCUCAUAAUGCCUCUCUAAACAUACGUUUAGGUGCACUGGUGAAUGAGGGGAUAACAAAAGAAAAAGGGGAAGUUGCAGGAUAUGACCAAACUACCGUGUCCAUGUCACCAAGUGAAUACGUCAAGUCAGUGCUCAGGGAAACGCUUGGUGUUGAGAAUGAUGAGCUGAAUGACGAUUCUUCUCUCACCGCAUUAGGCAUAGACUCAAUGCUAGCCAUGACUUUGCAGAAUCUUCUCUUUCAAGACAGGAGUGUGAAUGUUCCCCUGGUUAAAUUACUGGACCCCAACAGCACACUGUCUACUUUGGUAGCAAUGCUGGAAGAGGGUGCAAACCAGGAAUCUGAGCUUGGUGAUGACCUUGCUUUGGAUCUGAUGGAAAAGAAUGAGGAAGAAAGUUACAUGUCUACUGUACUUUAGAGAUCAAUCAAAUUUGAUUAUUCAAUCAAAUUUGAAUUAUUUAAAGCCCCAAUGCAGUCUUUAUGAUUACAUUUUUUGAAUCACUGUAUGUCUAAUAAAUCAGUGUGUGUUUAUUUCACGACAAUAACUCCAAAUUUAUAUUUUUUUAAUCAUUGAUUUCCCUGAGCCUCCUUUUGCCAUUGAAAUGCUCAGUCAGAUUGUGUAGGCGUGUUGAUACAAAUGUAAAUAUAUUUACAUACACAGCACUGUCUGGACUGCUUACCCCUUCAAAGUAGGAGAAUACAUACGCAAAUAAAAUAUGACUGGUCAUUGGUAGGAAUAAUCAGAUCAGAUUGUGAUGUCAUGCAUGGGCCAAAAACGUCUUCCCACCUGAACAGGCUGAAAUUCCAGGUGGUCCCCCCCCCCCAAAAAGAUCUUAACUAAAAGGACAUUAUCAUAAUUUUCACAAUUUCAGAGUGUUAUUUCGACCUCUUAGUGUGAAAAAAUAUAUAAAUGUUUGCCUGCACUGCCCAGUCAGCGCUCUUUCAUUGCAUUCAGUUUACCUUGAUUUGGUCUUGAUGUUUAGACAUACAGAAGGCUAACCUUAGAGAUGUUCAUAUUAUUUGAACGAUUAAAUAUAAAUUCUGCAUACAUUGUUACUUGAAUAAAAAUGAUUUAUGUAAAACUAGUGCAAUAUAUGAGAUUUUUACAAGAGAAGACAGUGUCCAAAAUACUUCUGCGAAACAAAAAUACUAUAUCAGGCUGAAUUAUUUUCACUCUUUUUCUUUUAUGGUAAAACGUUGACAACCUUUCAAAUAUAUAUUUUAAUUUUUUACAAAAUACAUAUGUAUUAUUCUGACAUAAUCAACUUUUGUUAUGUUUUGAUGAUAGUUUAAUCUGCCAUUUUUCUUUCAACCUUUCUGAGUAUCAUAGUCAAUGUUAGAUAAUCUUAUAAGUACUAUAUAAUGCUUCUUUCAUCUCAUGCUAUUCUUGUUUAUUCUGGUUGUGUUCAAUCAUUUUUGUAGUGUGCAGCAGGUGGAGUAGCAAUGAAAUAUCAGUCAAAUAUUACAAAACUAAAGAUUGGAAUGUUAAAAAUGGAGCAGAGGUUUAGUGAUCUGGAAAAUAUCUAUGUUCAUGUCUUUAAUAAACAAUUAAACAAAA